AUGAUGAUUGGAAGUUUUGAUGUGGUUUGUGAAGAAAUCAGUCUCAUCCAUGGUCCAACGACUGCUAAUGGAAGAGGAAGAGUGUUGUCCAAUUACAAAGGCCAGCUCUCAGUUUUUUGCAUCACCAAGCAAGUCAACUUAGAGAUAUGGUCGAGACAAGACAAGGAGUGGACAAAAAGGGCUUUCAUUGUCCCUCUUCUACUUCAUCUACAUCUCCAUGGCAUGAGUGACUUGGGAGAGCUUCUGCUGGCUCCAAAGAAACUCAAAUUCCCUCUGGAAGUCAUCUACAUGGACGUAGAGAAAGAGACCAAGAGAAGCUUCACGAUAAACAGAGGAGAAAUGGAAGAUCAAAUCCCUCUACGCUGCACAUGCCAGAUUUUCCCUUCACAAUUGGAAACUUUUGGCGCUUUGAAAGUGUUAUGGGUAUCCUUUGCUUCUUGGUGUGGUUAUUAUGCCGUUCUCGUGUAG